AUGUUGGACAGGUCGCAGAACCUGACUUACAGUGAACUGCCCAAAGUCAUUACAUUCAUUAAAGAUAUUGUGAAGAGAUUGUAUACCGACCCCAAUAACAUUGAAGUUGGCUUAAUGCACUACAGUGAUAUACGUACGGCAAGAUAUCCAUUGAUGUUGAGAAAAUGGUCGUUAAAAGUUGCCUUGGAUAGAAUAGAAUAUCUAAGAUACCGAUCAGGAAGAAAAAAUUUCUUGGGGUAUGCCCUGAAGACUGUCAGAAAGGUAUGAACCAUGUCUGAAAUGUUUAGAUGUCAUUAAGCGCAUACCUAAUUUUAAGAAUUUUUUAUCACUGCGCACUUUUAUGCAAAGUUUUAUCUAGCCGAGCAGAAACACGCCCACCCUUCUACUGUAUAACCACAAACACAACAUACACUGCUCACCGCCAAGUUUACGGGGACCCAAAUAAAGAAUUACAGUGAGAUAUACAUAGAUGUAUACGUAACUGUCAACUAUACUUCCAUGCAGAAUGCAGGAUCUGGCCAUUUCUUGGACCUCAAAUUUAAACGUUUUCCUGAGGAGAAUGCUCACAGGCCCCCUAAUCAUAGUGUUUCAAAAGAAUGUCGCCCCUUCAUUCCUCUGGGCGGUCUUGACAGCACUUUCAGUUACGACUGUCUUUGCAUUGACAACAUACUAGUUUCAUAAUCACAUACUUGUGGGAAAGAAAUAGUUUCGUCUUGGCAAAUCAAAGGCGGCUUAGGCGUGACAAACUUCUAGAGGAGUUCCAGGGGUAUAAUCUAGGCUCUCUGAAAGAGUAUUUUCGGCAAUGUACAGGGACAUUCUAUAGAAUUCUGAAGAUUCUUCACCAAUUAGAAAAAGUUAAGUAUCAUUCACUCCAUCUUCCAAGCUCAUCAACAGAUCUUUGGUGGGAAACUUUGUUCAUCUGAUAACCUUAAGUAUAAUAUUAGUGCAUGCGGACGUUCGAUCAUUUGGCAUUCAUUCAAAUUAUUCUCAAUCAAAAUGUUUUGAUUAAUACUGUCAAGUGGCAAGAUUAAUUUUUAGUUUAGUUUUUUUGUUCAUUGCUCACUUUUAUAUAUGGCGAAUACUGGUAAUAUAUAUCUAGACAAGACGCCUGCUCAGGCGUUCACACUGGCUUCGCGGUUGGUAAAAUACCAUCGCAAUACUCUAAAAAAUAAUUUGAAACAUGUAGAUGUUCUUCACUUCUUGACGGCCGUCACUUCAUGAUCACAAACAUUCAGAGGACGGCACAAUAAAAAUCCGUACAAAACCAAUAGAGUUCAGCGAUAUCAUAUCGAAAAACACAGAAAAGUUCACGCGCAUGCGCAAUUACAGCAUCUACGAUUUAUAACGUAGUUAAACUCGAAAGCCGUUCUGAUUAACAUUGUGUAGAAUUGGUCCUAAUAAUCGUCUGAGCAUGUUUUAGCUAAAUUGCGCAAUCCUGUGCCCACGAUGUCGCAAUGAAAAGUCACACUUGCGACAACAACAAAAAAUACACUAAAAAGACGGGAGGGGCAAAUGGAAGCAAGGGCAAAUUAUGACACUGGCUGCGGCCAGUGUAAUAAGAAUGCAAUUCCACAGUACAUGAUGCCUGCUUAUGGGCGACGUCACUCAAUGCAUAGUAAUUAGUUGUAUAUAUUUCUUAAAACUAUUGAAAAUACUGGAAAUGGUUUAAAAACUGCGCUAAAAUAGUAACAAGUGUGGAUACUAAAUUUCGCUUUGUUAUUGAAAAGACAAAAGAGACUAUAUUUAUCAAUUAUUAUCAAUUCUUUUCCCCAUUUGCAGAAAAUUUUUCUUUCUUUCAUAAGGACGUUUAAAUGUUUCAAAAUUUUGGCUGAUAUUUUCCUUAAUACUUUUUCUUUAUAUUCUAAAAUUUGCUUCCCUUAAACCAAAGGUGGCGCCAUAUUGAUUUGGACAUGUUUCCACAUUUCGAAAUUGGAGGUAAAUUAACCAUUUCAGGUCAUGCGUCAUACAAAUAUUUUUUUUUUUCAAUCAUGAAAGUAAGAUUGUUUAAAGCACAAUCUCCGGGUUGUCUUUUAGUUCUCUUAUUGGCAAAAAAUUCCCUUUUUCGGUCUUGUGAAAUAUUUUGCAAAUUGAUUUUAAACACUUAGCAUCCAAUAAAUGUUUUAUCUGCUAGCUAUGAAGGACAACUGUUGCAAUUCGUGGCUGCUAGCAUCUGUAGAAAUUCUGCAGAUUCUAAUUUUCAUGUUUAUUUUUAAUAUAGAAAUUCUUUAAGCGACCUCCAAAAGCUGACGAAGAGCGAAUCGUCAUCGUACUUGCGCACAGCGAACCAGCAGAUCCUGAAAAAGCGUUCAAAGUUAGCGAGAAAUUACGUUCACAAGGAGUGGAGAUUAUCACAGUCACCAUUCACACAAAAAAGACUCCAAUGAGGCUAAAUCCUCCGUACAGAGCUUUGGCAUCAUCAAGCUCGAGUGCACAUAGCUUUGAUUUUAGCAAUCUGCUAAACUCCAGCAUUGAUGUUUUGUUGAAUUUGUGCGAACUUAAUACUUGUCCAAAAGGUGAGGGUUUCAUGUACAGCUAUAUAUAUAUAUAUAUAUAUAUAUAUAUAUAUAUAUAUAUAUAUAUAUAUAUAUAUAUAUAUAUAUAUAUAUAUAUAUAUAUAUAUAUAUUAAAAUACUGAUUAAUAAUUCAUACACAAUGUGGCAAAUCAUGUCAGCCAUAAUAUGUCACGUGGAGUGACUUUAUAUCAAAUAAAGCAUGUGGCAUUAUACGGGGUGUCUCAAAAGAAACGCUAUGGAAUUUCAACAGGCUGUCGUGCAUCAUACCCAGAUGAUUUUGAUACGCGGAAAAGUACUGGCACUAGUUGUCAAAUAGAAAUCCAUUUUAUGAUUGAAACAACUGAAUAUCUCCUGUGAUGUAGUUUAUUUCGAUUCCAUAUUUUUGUCAGAGCUAUAGUCCUCAUAACCAAACUUUUAAAAUAAAAAUAAUAAUAAUAAUAAUAAUUAAUAUAAUAAUAAUAAUAAUAAUUUUUGUAAUUAAAAUUACAAAAUUUCAACUAGUUUCAUAAAAAAUGACGAAAGAUAUAAUUGACUGAAUACAUCAAAAUGGAUUUCUAUUCGGACAACCCUUUCUGAGCGCUGAUUGGCUAAAAUACGAACACAAGAUCACCUGGAUAACGUGGCUAAACAAUUCAAUUUUUACAUAGAACGAAAGAACAAUUAUUUAGCUUUACAAUGAUACUCUUUUUAAAUCGUAACGAUGAGAAAUGGACACAUGCUCGUCAAAUAAAAAUUGCCGGUCGAAAUCACAUUCUUCCACCGUUGGGAAUUUGCAUGGAAAAUGAACCAUAGACAAUUCCCAAGAGGGAAUUAAAAUUGAAUGUUGAAUUAUCUAAAAUGAGCUCAACUCGUUGAUGUUCGUAUUUGUGAGACAAUAACACAAUGAGGACGUCCAUAAAACAUGGUUCAAUUAAACCCUGAACAGAAAAUAUUCGUAAUCAAAACGUUUUACGAAACAAAUAGCUUGCAGGUUGCUUUGCAGCAGGCUCACGGUGCUUUUAGAUUGACUAACUUUGCAUAAAUAAUGUGUUUUCAAUUCCCAACGGUGGAAGAAUGUGAUUUCGACCGGCAAUUUUUAUUUGACGAGUAUGUGGCCAUUUCUCAUCAUUAUGAUUUAAAAAAGGUAUCAUAAAGAAGUUAAAUAACAGCUCUUUCGUCCUAUGUAAAAAUUGAAUUGUUUAGCUAAGUUUAUGAUGCACGACAGCCUGUUGAAUUUCCGUAGCGUUUUUUUAGACACCCUGUAUAAUUGUUCAUCCUAAUUAGUAUGAUCAUAUAAUGGUUCAUCCUAAUUAGUAUGAUUAUAUAAUGGUUCAUCCUAAUUAGCAUUCUUUUGUGUCGUAUUUUAAGCUAUUCAAAACACUCGUUGUCGUGUUUUAUCAGAUAUAAAACGCUCGGCUGCGCCUCGCGUUUUAUAUCAGAUAAUAAACCUCCUACUCGUGUUUUAAAUAGUACAUAUAUACAUACUACGCCCCUGGAAACAAGCGACGUUUUUGACAAAAGAUGACACAAAGUAGACAAUAAGAUACACUGGUUUACAUUUAAUGUUAUAUAAUUAUGUGAAGCGCCCUGUUUCUAAGAUAUAAGCAAAGAAGAAUACAGGUUGCCACGACCAAACUUUGGUUUUAUACUUAAUCAAUUUUAUACUUAAUUAGUCUGCCGUCUUGAUGGAAUAUGUAAAAAAUUGUGUCUGAAGUGCGAAGGCUAAAAAGCUCAUGAGGUUGAAAUAUACGAAGUGGAAAACUCCCAGAUGCCCCAAAACUUAAUUCCGUUCACUCUUCGCGCAGUGAUAAAAUUUUCUUAGAAUAAUCCUUGUUUCAAAUUUAGUACCGUAUGUAACAAUAUCAAUCUAAUUUUGAACGAAAAAAGUAAUCAAUUUGUUUUUAAACUUUCAGAUACAACUAAGCACUGUACUCCAAAGAAACAAGAUAUAUUUAUGGUAAUUGACAGCUCACGAAGUAUCGGCCGAAGUAUCUACCCUCGACUAAGACGUUUCGUUCGCAGACUGGUAAACAAGCUGGACAUAUCUGACGAAAGAACACAUGUAGGCAUUCUACAGGCGAGUGAUCGCAGGAGAACACAGUAUGAGAUGAAGCUAGGAGAGUUUACGAAUCCAAAAGUGAUCGAAAGUGUGAUCAAUGAGAUGGAGUACCACAGAGGAUACACCUCGUAUAUCGGUAGAGGAUUGGAUAUAGCUAUCGGAGACAAU